AUCAUCAACAGCAAUCACAAUGGCUAAGCCUAAAGCAUCUCCUGCUAAAAGUGAUCUUGAACAUCCUUCCAUUGAGUCAUACAAACCAGGUCAAUUGGUACUAUCAAAGGCAAGAAACUAUCCUCCUUGGCCAGCGGUCGUUAUCCCUCUAGCAUACUGUCCUAAAGAUGUCAAAAAAAAGUUUAAAAGGGAUGCCAUUCUUGUCAAAUAUCUAAAUGAUCCAACUUGGUAUUGGAAUAGUUACAAAACAAUCUCCCCUUUGACUAGAGAAAUGCUUCAAGACUUUAGAGCAGAAUCCAAAGCUGGGACUCAUAUGAGCUCUGAUGACCCUGUUAUGGAAAAGGCAUUCAGUGAUGCUGUUGCUUACCAGGCUUUGAACUCUAAAGCUUUGGAGAAAUUGCUAAGGGAAAAUAAUCUUUUGUCCAAAGAUGAAGAAUAUAUUGAAUAUGAGAGUUGGCUUGAAGAAAAGAAAAAACCGGAAACUGUUAAAAAAUCUGGUAGAAAGAGCUCGGUGGCAAUGAGUAAAGAGUCUACAGAGGAACCACCAAGGAAGAAGAAGGUAAAGCAACCCACACCAGAGAAGAAGAAACCAACGUUCGAAGAAUUAGCAAAUAGAGCCGUUUGGUUCAGAUCUAAACUACAAAGAGGAUUAAUACAAAGAAGAACAGACCCAACAGAAGCUGAAUUGUCAAGUAUUUCUAAUGUUUUCAAAGAUUUGGAGAAUUUUAGUGAUUCGAUAAAUUCAGAUUUAUUAAAAGUUUCAAAAAUUCACAAGGUGCUGAAAGCUAUAACAAGGGUAGAAACUUUGAAGAGACCUGAUGAUUACAAGUUCCAUGAUAGAAGUAUUGACCUAAUUCUUAAGUGGGAACCAUAUAUUGCAGAGCUAAAGAGUGAAAAAUCUAAUGGUGAUUUGAACGAUACUCCAAAUUCAACAUUUGAAGUUCAUGAUCAUAGUAGUAGUCCUAAAAAAGAAAAUGGUGACAAGAAAGAGAUUUUGAAAGAGGAAGGGAAUGGAAAUGAAGCUGAAAAAACAUUACCAAAAGGUGAGGUCAAGGAGGAAUCAACAGAUAAGUCUAAAGAGACUAAGGAGGACUCAAAACAGCAAAUAAAUGAGAAGUCAAAAGAAGAAGUUAAGGAAGAAUCCAAUGAAUUAGCUAAAGAAGCUUUGAAUGAACAAGAGGAGAAGAAGGAAGGUGGUGAAGCUAUUGCAGAAACAGAUGGUAAUGAAUCUAAUAAACCAGUGGAAUCUGGGGCUUAGAUGGAAUUUUAAUAUUUAAUGUUUUUUCCAAUAGAUUUUGAAGCAGACCAAACCAACUUGAAUAAUUUCAAUAAUCUACACUCUAAUUUGACAACAAUAGUCCCCUAUAAAUAGUUGGUCUCUACGUUUGUUUUAUUCGUAUGCCCAUUUUAAUUCAUAUUCAACCCUUGCUAGUUG